AAACUAUACUAAGGUAUCGGAAAAAGAAGAUAUGGAGAUUAAAAGACAACUCAAGAUUCUUAACAAACCACCAAUGAAGAAGAUAAUCACUAAAUUGGGUGAUACUAUAGAUUGCAUCGACGUCUAUAAGCAACCUGCUUUCGACCAUCCAUUACUUAAAGAUCAUAAGAUCCAAGUACUCAAUCUACCCAUACAUAAUGACAUUGGAACAGUCCCUAUUCGAAGGACCACAAAGCGGGAACUAAUGUUUUCUAGUCUUAUAAAAAGGAGGAGAAAAGCUUACCCCAGAAACCCCAUGUAUCAUCACUAUGUAUCUGUGGAAACACCUUAUAACGAAAAGAACGAAUAUUAUGGAGCUAAAGCUAGCUUUGGAAUACAUAAUCCACAUGUAACUCAGAACCAAUUUAGUACGUCUCAGUUGUGGAUUCAGAAUGGGCCAAGGGACGCAACUAAUAGCAUAGAAACCGGAUGGGCUGUAUUUCCAGAAUUUUUUGGUGACAAUUUUACGAGAACCUUUGGCUAUUGGACAGCCGAUGGAUAUAAAGAUACAGGUUGCUUCAAUAUGUUUUGCCCAGGUUUUAUGCAGGUGCAUACCCGAGUUCCAUUUGGAACAAUUUUGAAUCCCACACCCGGCUCUGGAGGGGAAAUAUUUUUUUGGGUAUUUCGGGAUAAAAAGACUCAUAAUUGGUGGUAUUAUAUGGGAAAUGACGAUAAAACACCCAUCGGGUAUUGGCCAAAGGAGCUUUUCCCUCAUCUUCCAUACGGCGCGCUAGUUAGAUUUGGUGGAGUAGCAGGUGCAGAGCUUAAUGUACCAAGUCCACCUAUGGGAAAUGGACAUUUACCGACAGACGCUUAUAUAAUGGAAGAAACAGGUUUUAUGCGAUAUUUGCAAAUCCUUGAGGAAAACGGAGGCACAAGUUACUUUGGUAAUUCUGCAGUAAUAAAGAAAGAUCUUGAUACAAAAUCCGACUGUUAUGAUAUUAUCUUUCGCAAAUAUGGCUAUUGGAAAAGACGUAAACAUGGGUACAAUUCUAUGAUAUUUGGGGGUCCUGGUGGUAAUUGUUUCUGAUUUCUCAUCAACAUUAAUAUGCUAUAAGCUAGAUUAUAUAUAUGGCAUAGUAGAAAAUGUGAUGUUUUCACCUAUAAAGUUUGUGGUAUCAACAAAGUUUAAUGUUUAUUUACUAGAAACA